UGUUGUUAUCUAUCGACAAGUGUUUUUUUCUCUUGUAUGGAUGACCAGACCAGAAUGUAAAAAAAACUUUGUAUCUUUACUCCGUGAAUUGUCCAAUGAUGAUGAUGAUGAUGAUGAUGAUGAUGGCUCAUCAACAAUCGAUGGACGACGACGAUCAAACAACGAACAUUGUCCGCAUACACACACACACACACAUAUACAAUGAUAAUAUGAAUCGACCGCCUACCGCCUCUAUUGCUACUCUACCUGUCUCGAAUGAAUGAUCACAAUCUAACAUUGUGUGUAGUGAUCACUUAUAUAUCGGUAUUUGAGAAUGAUGAUGGGCAAAAAAAGGCACCAAAUCAGCAGCGGAACCAAAUAAAAAAAACCAGCCCCAUAUACCUUUAAUAUUCAGUGAUGAUGAAGAUUCAUUAUGAACGUACCAACCAAAUGAUGAACGUGAAACCCUACAUAUGUGUGUGCAGACAGCUUUUCACCAAGCAUUCAUUUAUUCAUGGUCGCGUAUAUAAAAAGGUUCGUCGAGGUCGUUUGUAAGGUCCAUUUCACAUCAUCAACGUGGACACAACGUACACGCGCUUGUUUAUCGUGUUAUCAUUAUCAUUGUGUAUGUUUGUGUGAAUGUGCCAAUCAUGUUGACCAUAACAUCAAUGGAUUCUCGAGGUCACCAUCAUCAACAGCAUCGAUCUGCAACAAGUGUAUCAUCUGAACAACAAUAUGAACAACAAAUAUAUUCACCACCAUUAUCUAUUUAUAGCCAGCAUUCAUCACCACCACCGCCAACAACAUCAGCGAUGAUCAAUAAUAAUGAAUUCUUACAUUAUGAAUUAAGUAAUAGUAAUGGUUGUCCGGAAACACCUACAUCACCCAUGGCAAUGUUUCCAAUGACAAUGACAUUUCCGGAUCAUCAUCAUAUUGUUUCCUGUAGUAGUAGCCAGCCAAAUUAUUAUCAUCAACAAUCUACCACAAUCACUGAUGAUGAUGAUGUUGAUGAUGAUGAAGAUGAUGAUUCUGAAAAUGAUAAAUCAAUAUCUUGCCCAUUUUCCAACGCUGCCAAAUGCUUGAAUACCUCAAUAGCCAAGAUAAAUAAUGAAAAUCGAUCUAAAUUAUCAACAUCGAAACGAUCCACUAGCCGAAGCCAUUCUAAAAGUAAACGAAAUCGAGAACAACAACAACAACAACAACAAUCAUCACGUUCAAUCGUAUCGAAUAUAAUUCUCAAGAAAAGACGUAUAGCUGCAAAUGCACGUGAAAGACGUCGUAUGCAUUCAUUGAACACGGCAUUCGAUCGUCUACGGCAAGUAGUACCAUCAAUAGGUGAUGAUAGAAAAUUAUCAAAAUUUGAAACAUUACAAAUGGCUCAAAGUUAUAUAAUGGCAUUAAGCGAUUUAUUGGAUUGUGCACGUGCCACAACCACCAACACCAUCACCACCACCGCCACAACAACAACAACCAACAUUUCAAAUUCAGGUGGCUAACUGGAAAGAAUUUGUAUCGUUUUUUUCUGGCUUUCUUUUUCAUUUUUAAUGUAGAUAUAUUUGUACAAACAAAAAACAUGUGCUCAUUCAUUGUACAUCGUAUUGUAACCACAUUGUAUUUUUUUUCAUUUAAAAUUGAUGAUUUUUUCGGAUGUUUUGCUAUUAAAUGAAAAAAUAAAAAAAAAAAUUCCUAAUUGAUCUUAAAUAUUUGACCUUGUUUCUGCUGCUGCUUUUGUCUUUUUUUUUCGUUGAAUUGAAGAAAAAACGGUUUAUGAACAAUUAAAAAAAGCCUGAAAAGUCCUAGAUAUGUCAGUUGCAAAAAAAAAAAAAAAAAAAAAAUUUUGACACACGUUCAUCUAUAAAUGAUGAUGAGCAAAUGUAACAGU